AUGUGCAACUCAGAUGGCCUUCCGACUUGUCUCAUUUACCUCGAAAAACUCGCACACAAUAAGAAAUCAGAUUUAGAGAGACACUUCACUAAAAAACAUACUCAGUUUGCUAGUAAAUAUCCAGCCGGCGAAGAACGAAAAAAAGCUGUCGACGAGCUCCAAAAACAAAAACAGCAAUCAAGUUCCAUGUUAAAUACCUGGACGCAAUCUACAAGUAAUAUUAAUCUGGUAAGCUUUCGCGGUAUCAUUAGAAAUUGCAAAAAAGGCAAACCAUUCACAGAUGGUGAGUAUGUCAAAGAUUGCUUCAUACGUGCAUCUGAAGAACUGUUUUGUGAUGUCAAAAACAAACCAGAAAUCUUGAAAAAAAUGAAAGAUUUGCCACUAUCUGCUAAAACAGUACCAGACAAAAUAGCUAAAAUGUCUUCCAAUGUAACAUAUUUGCAGAUGGAAGAUAUUCAGCUUUCUUCUGCCUUAUCACUUGCUGUAGAUGAGUCUUUCGACAUAAAAAACACGGCACAAGUUGUCCUUUUUAUCAGGUAUAUGUCUUCCCUAGAUCCAAAAGAAGAACUUACAGGAUUACUACCGCUCUCGGGAAAAAUAGAGGGGAAGAUAUAG